AUGACAUGUCAUUUUAUCGAUGAAUUUUCAUAUAAACGGUCUUCAUAUGUCUUAAGUUGUAAGCGAAUAAAAGGUAGCAAUAACUAUUUGAAUAUUCAUGAUGUAAUAACUGACAUUUGUGAUGCUUAUCAAAUUAAGAGUUCUAAAAUCACCUAUAUUAUAACCGAUAAUGCUAGUGGCUUUGGCAAAGCAUUCCGUACAUUUUCAAAAAGCUCAACAAUUGAAUCCGAUCCUCAUCAUGUAGGUAAUUUAGACGAGUUAGAUACUGAUGAAGAUACACAAAUUGAUGGUGAUAAUGAAAAUAAUCUGUCCAGUCCUAUUGAUAUUGAAUAUGUUGAUGUUGGUCAGUUACUUUAUGAAUCAAAUAGUUCUGAUUGUACUAAUUUUAGUUUGCCUGAUCGCCCGACCUGUUGUGCCCAUACUUUGAAUUUAAUAGCCACUACUGAUGUAGCAAAAAUAACCGAUAAAAACUAUAUAAAUAUUUCCAAACAAGUUUUUAGUAAAUAA